GCGACUUCCGCCGUGAGUGUCAAAUAUGGCCGCGUCUAGACUGGAGAUCAAUUUCAUCCGGCUGUUAUCCCGCUGUGAGUCUCUGGCUUCAGAGAAAAGAGGCGAGACAGAAUGGAGACUUGAGAAGUAUGUUGGAGCUCUGGAAGAGAUGCUCUUGGCCCUUAAAAAGAGUUCCAGCAAACCAACAGCGGAAAUAUUAACGGACUACAACCGCAAAGUGGACUUCCUCAAAGGCCUUUUAGAGGCUGAAAAGCUGCCGUCUCCAACAGAGAAAUCUUUAGCCAAUCAGUUUCUGGCUCCUGGAAGAACACCUACGAUAUCCAGCGAGAGAACGCCAGCGAGUAAGACGGUGCACAUACAGAGUAAAGCGCGCUGUACGGAAGAGAUGAGAAAAGAAUUGAUGAGCACAGGGCUGUCAAAAUCUGGUUCAUUUGAGACGGAUCUCAGACACAGAAAGAGUAUUCCUGUAGACGAGCAGCAGUCGGCACCAGAGCUGGAUGCAAUUCUCCAACACCACCAUAAUUUGCAAGAAAAACUGGCUGAAGACAUGCUAAACCUCGCUCGCAACCUGAAGAACAACACGCUGGCAGCCCAGAACAUCAUUAAACAAGACAACCAGACCCUCAGUCAGAGCAUGCGUCAGGCCGAUGUGAACUUUGAGAAGCUGAAAACGGAGUCCGAGCGCCUGGAACAGCACGCCAAGAAAUCCGUCAACUGGUUCCUGUGGCUGAUGCUUAUGAUCGUUUCGUUCACGUUCAUCAGCAUGAUUCUAUUUAUAAGACUCUUCCCAAGACUUAGAUGAUGCUGUGUAUCAUUGGAAAAGACUAGAUUUAAUUUAUCUAUAACAGCAGGUUUGCAUAUAUAGAUGCUAGCCAAAAGUUUUUUUUUUUUUUUGUCUAGUAAACUUAAAAUUCAGCUGGGAUGAUUGACACUGUCAAUCUUUGUUACGAGUCAUUCCGAAGAAGUUGACAUUGUUACAUGCAUGCCAUUGUGAUGUCAUAAAGAUGUGAUGCAUUGUGAUGUUUUACACUUCCUGAAAUCUCAGUUCAUAUCUCCCAUGUGUUCAAUCCUUGAGACAGUUGAUAAUAAUUAAAGGAAUAUUCUGGGUUCUAGACAAGUUGAGCUCAGUCAACAGCAUUUGUGUCAUCAUGUUGAUUACCACAAAAAUACAUUUCGACUCAUCCCUCCUUUUCUUUAAAAAACAAAAAAAGCACAAAUCUGUCUUACAGUGAAGCACUUACAAUGGAAGUGAAUGGUGCCAAUCUGUAAACGUUAAAAUAUUCACUGUUUCAAAGGUAUAGACACGAGACGUAAACAACAUGUCUUAAUUUUAGCGCGAUAAAAUUGCUUACUAACAUUUUCUGUGUAAAGUUAGAGCCAAAUUUACAACUUUAUUGCUAUGACGACGUAAUGCAUAAACCUUUUAAUAAGUAGCCUAUCGUUGUAACAUCGAGUUUUUUUUUUUGUUUUUUUUUUUUUAAGGAAAUGAGCGAUUAAUUGAAAAAUCGUUUUUUGUGGAAAUCCACAAAUGCUGUCGUUCCUUUAACGUUAUAAUUAAAUCCCAAAACAAAAUGUUCGUUAUUAUUAAUUGUAAAUGUUGGGUUGCUUUAAACCAAUAAUUAGUUAAUUUAUGAUUUAAUUUACAGCUACUGUAUUUAGACGGCAAACAGUAACUGAUUUUGUUUAUUGUGAAACGUCUUUUUAAAGAUGCGUAUAGUAUUUUUCCGGCAUUGGCCAUACGCCCAACAUUUCAAUAAUAUUACAGAAGAUUCUCUUUGAUGUAAUAUUUUAUUGACACUUGAUAUGAGAGUGUUUUUGACACUAAAAAUGACUGACAGCUUCAUAUCCUGUGUUCACAAUGAAGUGAUAUGUAAGUUAAUUGCAAAGCAAAAAUUCAGGAGUGUGUAUUAUUUAAUAAAAUACAUUGCAAUCCACCUACUUGGCCCUUUGG